AUGCCUCCUUUCAAAGCUCCCGUGAAAGACGUUCUUGCAACAGCGUCUAUACUUCCGUAUAAGCAGUUUGUUCUCUUUGGAGACUCUAUUACCCAGGGUGCCUUUGAUCAGUCGAGAGGAUUCGCGCUUGCUGCACAGUUGGCCCAUGACUAUAUGCGCCGCUUGGAUGUUGUGAACCGUGGUUUAAACGGAUAUCAGACAGAGCAAGGUCUAGCCAUUAUCGAUUAUGUCUUCCCCUCCCCAGCUAACUCACCGAAGAUUGAGUACCUGUCCCUCUUCUUUGGCGCCAAUGACUCCGCCUUCGACGACGGCGCUAGCAAGCAGCUCGUCUCGAUAGAUAGAUACCGCGAGAACCUCGUAUCUAUCCUCUCCCAUCCAUCGGUCCUUGCACACAACCCGAGGAUCAUCCUUGUCACUACACCACCCGUGGACGAGUACCAGCGCCCAGAAGUAACACGCGCUGAUGGAACGGUAGACAGGGGCCGAUGUGCUGAAACCUCGAGAGCGUAUGCCCAAGUAGGAAAGGAAGUCGGCGAGGACCUUAUCGCGAAAGGGAGGCCGGUGGUCGUCUGCGAUCUCUGGACUGCGAUGAUGGCGCGUGCGGGAUGGACCGGCGAAGGAGUGCUCGCCGGCAGUCUGAAGACAGGCAAGAACCCAGCUUUGGCUGAGAUGCUUUACGACGGCCUCCACUUCAACCCUGCUGGGUAUAAAGUCCUGUACGAAGAGAUGUGCAAGGCGAUGGCGAAAGCCUGGCCAGACAGCGACCCAGAGAGCAUAGAGAAACAUUUCCCAGAACAUGCCGCCUGGUUUUAGGGUGCGGCGGAUAACAGGACGCUAGCUGAAAAGCAAUUGCAGUAGUCUACGGGAGGUGAAGGGCGAGAGCCGGAUGCAAGGGCGGUGGCGACCUGAAAGUGGCCUUGCAAAUCGCAAAGGGCGACGAUGGGGGGGGGGACAGGAGGAGCGGAGGAUAACGGAAAGCACGCGGCCUAACCCAAUCUGUAAUCCUG